CCAAUCGGCUGUGGAAGGCAGAAUUGUCCCUGUGGCCGCCAUUAAAGAAAGGAAUCCAUGAAUUCAAAUGGAAACCAACAGGAACCGAGACAGAUAUCAUGAUCGUAAUCAUUGUUCGAAUCGAGGCUGAUGCCAUUUUUAGCGGCUUUUACGGGGAUGUAUUUGGCUUCUAGAAUGAAUUUUGCCGCCGCGGAGUGCUACGGAAUGUUUUUUUAUUUUUUAAGCUGAGACCGUUUUUAGGGCUUAAGGGGGAGGGGGAGAGUUGCUUCUUUGCUCUCCUUUUCUUUUUGUUUUAUGAACAUUUUUUUUUUUUGCCUCCUGGAAAUUGAUUGAACUUGCGAUGCUUUGGAGAUGUCGCCCUGAAGACCAACACAAACAAUUUGAUCCGCUUUUCAAACCCCGCCGGUUGAAUUACAAUCGGAAGGUUGUUAAAUGAACUAUGCUCCAGCCAAAUGUUGCAGAAAUUAUUACUCGCUGAUUAAGCUUGAACACACUAGAAAAGACAAAACAACAUAACCCUUUUAUUUCCCGGGAAGUGAAAUGAUGGCGCGUUGGACCUCGGAGUGAAGAAGGAUGAGUUCUUGUUUUGUACCAAACGGGGGCAGCUUGGAGGAUUGCCAUUCCAAUCUAUUCUGUCUGGCGGACUUGUCAGGAAUCAAAUGGAAGAGGUUUGUGUGGCAGGGUCCCACCUCUGCACCCAUCCUGUUCCCAGUGACGGAAGAGGAUCCCAUCCUGUGCAGCUUCAGCCGCUGUCUAAAGGCAGAUGUGCUGAGUGUAUGGCGACGCAGCCAGCGACAGGGCCGGCGGGAAAUUUGGCUGUUCUGGUGGGGAGACGACCCCAAUUUUGCUGAUCUCAUUCACCCUGAGCUUGUUGCUGAGGAGGAUGGACUCUGGGAGAACGGUCUUUCCUACGAGUGCCGCACACUGCUUUUCAAAGCCAUCCACAACCUGCUGGAGCGCUGCCUCAUGAAUCGCAGCUUUGUGCGCAUUGGCAAGUGGUUUGUCAAGCCCUACGAGAAGGAUGAGAAGCCCAUCAACAAGAGCGAGCACCUAUCCUGCGCCUUCACCUUCUUCUUGCAUGGUGAGAGUAACGUAUGUACUAGCGUGGAGAUCAACCAGCACCAGCCCGUUUACCAUCUGACAGAGGAGCAUCUCACUCUGGCUCAGCAGGCAUCCAGCCCCUUCCAAGUCAUCCUAAGUCCUUUUGGGCUGAAUGGAACUCUGACUGGUCAAUCGUUCAAGAUGUCCGACCCGCCCACCCAAAAGCUGAUUGAGGACUGGAACCAGUUUUAUCCCAUCAGUCCCGGUGUCAAGGAUGGUGUGUUAGAGGACAAGCUGGAAGACAUGGACUGGGAAGAUGAUUCUUUGGCCUCUGUAGAGGUCCUUGUUGGUGGUGUGCGAAUGGUGUACCCAGCAUGCUUAGUGCUGGUGCCCCAGUCAGACAUCCCUGUUGUGGCCCCUGUGGGGUCCUCCCACUGUACUGCCGUCUACUCGGGUGGUCACCAAGUGCCUGCAUCCCAGCGAGAGCCUGCCAUGUCAUUGGUGACCCUUACCCCUCCCACGUCGCCUGAGGAGGUGCACACAGUGGACUCUCACUCUGCCCAGAAGUGGUUGAAGAUGCCUUCUUCAUGUGACACGUUUACUGCGGACAGAUCAAGCCAACAAGGAGGCAAGAUUCCACGGCGGUUUGCCAGUCAGGUUGUGGAGCGUGUUUGGCAGGAGUGCAAGAUCAACCGAGCCCAGAACAAGCGGAAGUACUCCGCCACAACCAAUGGUAUCUGUGAGGAAGAACGAAAAGAGAGAGUGGGAACGUGGGAUUUUGUGGAAUCUUUUAAGAGGUCAUACUGCAGCUGUUCUCGACAUAAAUCAGUGAAGCAGCGAACAGGUGGAAAUGUGGGCCAAGCUCAGUCAGUGGGCCAGGCUCAGACUCCGACAAAGCACAAAGCUACUGGAGAGAAGCCAGACAAGAGUGACAAGCAACAGAAGAGACCCCAGACACCUUUCCAUCAUCGAAACCUGACCAGCGAAGACGCCUCGAUGGAGACUGAGGCGACGGCCGGCCAAAGACUUUCAAUGAGGAGUCAGGAUGGAGGAAGAUUCCCUAGUAUUCGUUCAACAGAUGUGUCCGCCAUCCAAAAAACACCUCAGCUCAACAGUGGGGUGGUUAGCACAGGAGGGCCAUCAGACCUCGCCCACUCCCCCCAACCUCCACCACUUAGCCCUCACCCUUGCGAACGUGGUGAAGACCCUGUCGAGGGUUUAAAGAACCCUUCCACCCCCAACAAUCAACACUUUUACCAGCCUCCACCUGAGCCGUGCCUAGGAGGAGCAAAGGGCAGCAAUGAGAUGCCUGCAGGCCCGGAGGAUCUAACCCAGCAUUUCUCCUCACACCAUCCUCACUCUUCUAGUUAUUCAGAACAUCUCGAACCCACUAUGUACACAGGCACUGGAGUCCACCUAGAAGAUGGCAGCACUCAUUCACCAUGGGGGUUGUUCAACCUACCCCGAAGGAAAGAAGCGGAGCCGCCUACACUACUGCUACCUGGAGAAAGAUUUAGGGAAGAUGGGUUUGCCUCACAGGACAACCUUGUGUCUGUGACCGAGGUGAUGUCCAUAUCUAAAUUCCCACUGAAAGUCUCUGAUGAACGCGUUCAGAUGUACCGCGCCAGAAAAAGCCAGUACCUGGCUGCCGCCAUCACUGAUGGAGAUCACGAGCCUGAGGUGGACCCCUAUGCCUUUGAGGAAGGAGAUGUGAAAUUCACAUUUUCCAACAAAAAGGAUAAGGCAGGCGGGGAGCGUGAGCCAGGGAAAAAACAUAAGGGAGAAGAUGGAGGAUCGGAUACAGCUGAUGAUCCUCAGCGUUCAGCUGCGAACAACCGAAUAGCCUCAACAAGCCUCAUCCAUGAAACCGACCUAGUGGUGUCCAUCAAUGACCUUGACAACCUCUUUAACUCCGAUGAAGAUGAAUUAGGGCCUGGUUCCAGGCGGCCGGUAAAUGGAACAGAUGAGAAAUUUGGCAACAAGGAACCAAAGCCAUCAACUUUGGAUCCAGUAUCAUGCAUUAGUUCAGCAGACCUGCACCAGAUGUUUCCCACUCCUCCCUCGCUUGAGCAGCACAUUAUGGGCUACUCACCCAUGAACAUGUGUAGCAAAGAGUACGGCAGCUUGGAACCGACCCCUGGUAUGACCACGCUGGACGGAACUUCGUCUCUCGGGGGUCACUUUAAGAUCGAAGUGGAGGAGAGUUUCUGUAGUCCAAAGCCUUCUGAGAUUAAGGACUAUUCAUUUGUGUACAAGCCAGAGCUUUGCCAAGCUUUUGUUGGCUGCUCUAUGUUUGCGCCAUUGAAGUCAUUACCCAGCCAGUGUCUCCCACCCAUUAAACUACCAGAAGACUGCAUCUACAGACAAAGCUGGACCAUGGGCAGGGAGAUGCUAAAUCCCAUGCCUGUCAUGUCCGUCAUCAACAAAGAGAGUAACAUCCCAAGUGUGGGCAGCGCGAUGGACCAGGACUACAACCAGACCUACACCCCACAAACCCACACGCCCUUCAUGUCAAAUAGUGCUCCACCAAGUAACAGCGGCACUGGCAUCUUGCCUUCCCCCGCCACCCCCCGUUUUUCAGCACCCACCCCACGCACGCCACGCACUCCACGCACACCUCGAGGUCCCUCCAGCGUUCAGGGCUCACUCAAGUACGAGAACUCAGAUCUGUACUCACCAGCUUCCACCCCCUCUACCUGCCGACCGCUCAACUCAGUGGAGCCGGCCACCGUUCCUUCCAUCCCAGAGGCUCACAGCCUCUAUGUCACUCUCAUUCUCUCUGAAUCGGUCAUGAACCUCUUCAAAGACUGCAACUUUGACAGCUGCUGCAUCUGCGUAUGUAACAUGAACAUCAAAGGAGCAGACGUUGGCGUGUACCUCAGUGACCCCAUCAGUGAGGCCCAGGAAGCCUGCAGCUGUGGUUUCAGUGCUGUGGUCAACAGGCGGUAUGGGAACGGCUCAGGCCUCUUCCUAGAAGACGAGCUGGAUAUCAUCGGCCGUGGCUCGGAUGUCAGCCGCGAGGCGGAGAGGCGCUUUGAGGAGCUACGGCUAUCCUCGCUGGAUAGAACCGGUGUCGGGAGGGGAGACCAUGUCCCAGAUGAGCUGAUUUUGCUACUGCAGGACCAAUGUACCAACCCUUUUUCACCUAUUUCGGGCCUGGAUGAUGUUGUGACUCAUGGAGUGAAGGGUGGUGGAGUACCUCCGUGUGUUAGGGUGGAAGAGAGGGAUUUUCACAGUGACUGCUACAUGGCGCUAGAGCACGGCAGGCAAUUCAUGGACAACAUGUCAGGUGGAAAGGUGGACGAGGCACUGGUCAAAAGCACUUGUCUACACCACUGGUCCAAACAAAAUGCAGUGGACGUGAGUGCGCUGUGCUCUCAGGACGUGCUCAGAGUGUUGAUGUCCUUACAGCCCGUACUUCAAGAUGCCAUCCAGAAGAAAAGAACUGUGCGGUCCUGGGGCGUUCAGGGUCCCCUCACCUGGCAGCAGUUUCAUAAGAUGGCUGGACGCGGCUCAUAUGGUACGGAUGAGUCUCCUGAGCCACUGCCCGUCCCCACUUUCUUAGUGGGUUAUGAGUAUGACUUUGUGGUGCUGUCUCCCUUCGGCUUACCCUACUGGGAAAAGCUGUUGCUGGAUCCCUUUGGCACUCAGAGGGAUGUUGGGUAUUUGGUAGUGUGUCCUGACAAUGAAGCGCUGCUCAGUGGUGCAAAGAGUCUCUUCAGGGAUCUCACAGCUGUCUAUGAGUCGUGUAGGCUUGGCCAACAUCGGCCCAUAUCCAAAGGCUACCCUGAUGGCAUAGUCCCUGUCGGUGGCAGUGGGGCCAAAAGUCUUGUGGAUCAGCCAGUCAGCGACUGGUUCCUCAAGGCUGCAAGUAGCAACAACGACGCCUUCACUAAGCUCAAACUCUAUGCACAAGUGUGCCGCCACAACCUUGCUCCGUACCUCGCAUCGCAGCCAUUAGAUAGUUCUCUCCUCACACAACCGAGCCCCGCAUCGUUAUCCAACCAGUCAUCAUCUACAACUUUGAUAGGAUCCACCUCCAGUUCAGCUGGCCAGCAGGGUGCAACGAACAGCUCCUCAGUCCCUAACAGCAACAGCAGCUCGGUAUCAUCCAACAGCUUGGUGACAUCACCUGGCAGCGGGAUGCAGUCUACCAAGGCAAGCUCCUUUGCCCCCUUUGGAAGCAUGGGCAGCCAAAACCAGGGAAGUGGUCCUCAGAAUGGUCAGCAGACUGGAAACCAGAAUUCUAGCACCUCAGGAGAUAACGCUAACAGCCAGACCCCCAUAGAGCCCCCAGAAAGCACUUUGGAACGCGACAAAGUUGGCGUGCCCACAGAUGGCGACUCCCACGCAAUUACAUAUCCACCUGCCAUUGUUGUUUACAUUGUGGACCCCUUCAGCUACGAGGAUUCUGAAGGCGGCCAUGGCCCUGUGCCGGCCCACUCCAGUGUGUGGACGCUUGGUUUGUUACGCUGCUACCUUGAGAUGCUUCAGUUACUUCCUGCACAUAUCCGCAAUUCCAUAUUUGUACAAAUUGUUCCAUGUCAGUUCCUGCUUCAGCCUGUGAAAGGUGAAGACCGCCAUAUCUACGUCCAGCACCUCAAGUCUUUAGCCUUCUCUGUAUUCGCCCAGUGCAGACGGCCUCUGCCCAUUUCCACCAAUGUCAAGUCGCUUACGGGCUUCGGCCCUGGUUUAGCCAUUGACACAGCACUUAAAAGCUCAGAGAGACCAGAGUGUGUGCGUCUGUACACGCCUCCAUUCAUCCUUGCACCAGUUAAAGACAAGCAGACUGAGCUCGGGGAGACAUUCGGAGAGGCGUCACAGAAAUACAAUGUGUUGUUUGUUGGAUACUGUCUCUCCCAUGACCAACGCUGGCUCCUUGCCACAUGCACUGACCAGUACGGGGAACUCCUGGAGACCUGCAUCAUCAACAUCGAUGUGCCCAACAGGGCCAGGAGGAAAAAGGGUUCUGUUCGGCGCCUUGGCCUACAAAAGCUAUGGGAUUGGUGCUUGGGGCUAGUACAGAUGACAUCAGUGCCCUGGAGAGUUGUAAUUGGACGGCUUGGCAGGAUAGGACACGGAGAGUUGAAAGACUGGAGUAUAUUACUGAGCAGAAGAAAUCUUCAGUCACUGAGUCGCCGUCUGAAGGAAAUGUGUCGAAUGUGCGGCAUCUCUGCCUCGGAUACUCCCAGCAUCUUUAGUGUGUGCUUAGUUGCCAUGGAGCCCCAGGGCUCUUUCAUCAUAAUGCCAGACUCUGUGUCAACAGGCUCAGUAUUUCGCCGCAGCACCACGUUAAACAUGCAGACACCCCAGCUGAACACCCCUGAGGAUACCUCCUGCACCCACAUCCUUGUCUUCCCCACAUCUGCCUUUGUCCAAGUUGCCAGCUCGAAUUACACCAACAUCGACACAAACAUUGACAUUCUUAAUCCUACCACAGACGGAACUGACGCUAUGGACCUCUUUGAUCUGCUGGACCCAGAGAAUGAGUUGGUGGAUCCUGACAUAAUCAACAUUUCACCCAAUACGUCACCAGUGCAUUCCCCAGGAUCCCACUACCACCACGGAGGUGACGAUAGUAAGGGCCAGAGUGCAGACCGCAUGGAGUCUCGUGAGGAGGUGCCAAACCUCCUGCAACAACCUCUCGCUCUCGGCUACUUUGUGUCUACGGCCAAAGCUGGCCCACUGCCUGACUGGUUCUGGUCAGCCUGUCCGCAGGCUCAGAACCAGUGUCCACUCUUCCUCAAGGCCUCUUUGCACCUCCAUGUGUCUUCAGUGCAGUCAGAUGAGUUACUGCACAGUAAACACUCCCAUCCUCUUGACUCUAAUCAGACCUCAGAUGUACUCAGAUUUGUGCUGGAGCAGUACAACGCCCUCUCCUGGCUGACAUGUGACCCAGCGACGCAGGACCGACGAUCAUGCCUGCCCAUUCACUUUGUGGUGCUGAACCAGAUGUACAACUUCAUCACGAACAUGUUGUAGCCACUCAAGGGAGAGACAUUUCAAGAAGAGAAGCGAAAAAGAGACACCGUACCGGGACACAGUGUUGUUUGAUGGUUGUCCUUCUGCCGCAAAGACAUGCACAAAUCCAGGAGGGAAUUUUUAAAAAAACUGUGGAGACUAGAGUAAAUGAACGUGAGCGAGUGACAGAUUGGUUGCCAUGUUGAUCAUCAACACAGCAGCACACGCACUGGCCAGUCUGUAUUUGAAAGAUGUCUUAUCUGUAUAGCGAUAAAGGGACGUAUUUGAUAAAGGAAAUAACUUUUAGAGCGGAUUUACUUGGUGUUUCAACCGAAAAUUCCUUUUUAUUCCUUUUGGAUGAAAUUGUAUCCAAACAAAAAGCCUGCAUCUAUCUUAUUUAUUGUAAGUUUUUAAAUGUAUUAUUUCUUAACCUCUUUUUUAAGUAAAUAUAUAUAAAUGAAGAAGGUUUAUAACACCUUCUUGCUUUAAAGCAAUUGUUUAAGGUAUAUGUAAUCAUCUUACUUAAAACGGAGAAACUAUUGCAGAAAAAGGAGAGCAAGUCCCAGUAGGUGGCUUUCAGAGUAUUAUUUUUUGUAAUGGAGAAAGACUAUUUGUAUUGUCACAAUGUACAGAAAAAGUGGAGAAUUAUGACUUACAGCAAAGCUGUAGCUACAUAGGAAUUGUACAGCAAUGAACUUCACUGUUCUAAUAAAGAGGUACAUUGUUGUAUAUAGUAUUUUAUACCAUGCAUUUAGACACAACAAAACUGCAAUCUAUAUAGAUAAUUAUAUAUAUGAAUGCCAUGCCAGCAGUUGGUGCUGUGGCUUCUGUUUUAGGAAUAAAAUGUGUCAACAUA